AUGGGACUGAACGGCCCCGGCGCAUUGUGGCACGACAACUUCUGUGAGCGUAUCGCAGACGCCGGGUACUACGUGAUCCGCUACGACAACCGUGACGUUGGUCUUUCAACGCACUUCACGGAAUUCCCCGCACCGAAUGUGCUGCGCAUGGCCUUGCCGCGCUCCAUGGCGUACGGUGAGUGUGUGCCGUACACAUUGGAGGACAUGGCCGCGGACGGAAUGAACCUCCUCACCGCGCUCGGCAUCAACGAGGCGCACGUGGUGGGCUGCAGCAUGGGCGGCAUGAUUGUGCAGAUCAUGGCUACUCACUACCCGAAACGCGUGCGGAGCCUCACCAUUAUCUUCUCGCACACGGGAUCCUCAAAGCGGGUGAAGGAGAGCUGGGCGGCGCGGCUGUGGUUCCUCGAUAAGCCCGCCAGCUCGUCAUUGGAGGAUAUGGUCGAGUUCAAGUGCCGGAUUGCGCGUCGUCUUUGCGGCCCCAACUACGUGUUCGAGGAGAAAGAGUGUAAAGACCUCGCAAGGUCGCUGCUGCAACGCGCACCGGAAGAUCCUAUGGGAAUGCGUCGCCAACUAGCUGCAAUACAGCGGGCAAAGUGCCGUGCGGAGGCACUGAAGACGGUGAAGGUACCGACGCUGGUGAUACACGGGAUGAUGGAUCAACUGAUCCCGUACGAGAACGGCGUGCAGAUUGCGAGUUUGAUUGGAAGACCGGCAAAACUGGUUUUGUAUCCGCUUAUGAGCCACUCCCUACCCGAUGAGCUGAUGCCCAGCAUGACGCAGGAGAUUAUAUGGAACGCGCAAAGACCAACCACAGAUGCUUAA